AAUUUUAGGACAUUGGAUUUUGCGCAUGGCUGAAAUUGCUGAUAAGAACAAAAAAGAAGCUCUUUUAACGUAUUUAAUUUCUGUUCUGCCAGCUUUUUUCGAUACUAAAUCAUUUCCAGUGACUACAAAGUUAUCUAGCCUUUUAUUUGUUAAAAUUGUUUUACGACUAGGUCAUGUUAACAUGAUGAAUAUCAUAGAUCAAAAAUAUGACAUUACCUCUAAAACUGUACCAACCUUAGGAAAAGUAUUAGGAAUUGCGACAUGGAAUGCACAACAUGAAAUACGAAACAAAAAAAUAAAUCUUGAAAGUCCAAGUUCUCUAACAGUAUUUCAAGAUGGGUUCCCAUUAUGCGUCGCCAAUUUCUUUAAUGGAUUCAUUGAAACUUUGCAAAGAAAAAAGCAUGAAGUGCUUGUAAAAAAAAGAAAAGAAAGUAACCUUCCAUUAAAAGCUUUUGACAAGGAUCGUGUAUUGACUCAUAUGAUGAGUUCUCUGUGCAGAAAACCAAAACUAUAUCAUUCUUUAUAUAACAUACUCUGCAUAGCUAAUGUUGUUUCACACACGCAACAACAUGAAAGAAUCCUUGAAAAAACCCGACGACAUGAAGCAAAACCUAAAACAAGGUUGUUGCGUAGUGCAUACAUAUGGAACGUAUUAGUAAUAGACAACAUUGAUUUCAUAGAAAAAAUAUUUGCUUAUGGGAAUAUCUAUGAUGCAGCAUGA